GUAAACGGCGAACCAAGCAGCACAGCUCCCAGAGGCUCCACAUCAAGGGAACCGGGACGCUAUGGGUUACGCGCGCGAUUUCUAGAAGAACCGAUAAGAAUGUUGCUUUGUGUCUUUCCCAUCAUCUCUCCUGUCUGGAUUUUAGAAAGAUGCAGCGCGUGUCCCUCCGUUUUUUGAGACUCGUCAAACUUUGCUGGCUAGGGAGUCACAUUUGACUAAACAAAGUGCCAACAGAGACGUAGAAGUUAAUUCAUUGAAAAUGUCAACGACGCAGUUCAGCUCCCCGGCGCCCAACCAGAGCUACCCUUCGCCGGCCACCUACGAGAAGACAGACCCCGCGGGGAUGGAGAGGCACAUUCGCCUUCUUCUUUUCGGUUUGUGCGUAACCAUCGCAGCCGCUACCUUUGUCGGAGGUGUGUAUUCUCUGCUCUCUCUCCUCCGGAUGAGGAGGAAAACCUCCCUGUCUCUCAUUGUGGCUUCCAUGUCAGUGGACGACCUCCUCAGUGUGGUCCCACUCUCCUUAUUCACGCUCCUACAGUGGGAGACGGAUGGAGGUGGAGGGUCGGGCAGUCUGUGCACUUUAUCGGGACUUCUCUACGUGUUCCAGGGUGUUUCAAGUAAUAUGAAGGCGUGCCUCAUAGCAGCCUACACUUUUUAUGUCACAAAGAGAUUUGGAGUGCUUCAGUCAGUCCGCCGGCCCCUGAGGGUGAUGUGGGCCGUCGGCGGUGUGUGGGCGGUCAGCUUGACAGUCAGUGUGUUACCUUUGUGCGGAUGGGGCAGCUUUACGCCGGCCUCUCUCGGGUGCUUCCCUGAGAGUGACAGUUUUUACAUCCUGCUGCUUUUCACUUUAUAUUCCCUGUGUUUCUGCGGCUUGUUAUUUUUUUUUAUCCCGCUCACCUAUCAACUGCUGUGCUCCAGAGAGCCCCAGAGGACUCUACUGUACCCCGGCUACUUGGACAUGGCGAGGGGGCUGAGUGGCUCCGCUCCUCUUUGCGAUCUCCAGUCAUUUUCCCGGAACAGCCUGGACAAAAGUUUCGGUGCGUACAAUGAGCUGAGUCCAAGUUCAUGCGGGACACAGCUGAGAGAGAAAGAAGACGUCGGACUGUCCCCGUUGUCCCUCAACGGGCAGAGGACUGCUGCUGCCGUCGAGGACACACCAGUGGUGUUUGCACAAAAGCGUUUCUCCAUGAUCCUGGCGGUGGUCCGAAUCAUCUUAUGGAUGCCGAUAAUGACUUUGGUGCUGCUCCGCCAUGCACUGCAUGCACGUAACUCCUCCCUGGAGACUCUCGGCUUCUUUCUGACUCUGCUCGCCCCUGCGGUUACUCCACUGUUCGUGCUAUCUGAGCGCUGGAUCCACAUGCCGUGUGGCUGCUUCAUUAACUGCAAACAGGAUCCAAAGCAGGAACCCUCAGAGUUAAAAAGAAGAUUUGAGUUCAGCCUUUCCUUCCAACAAGGCUAUGGAGUGUACAAACUUUCACAUGCCACCAUGCCUCACAACAGUUCCCCCCUGGAGAAGCCUUCCUAUCACAGCCUGUUUAACUGUGGCUUCCCCAGUACCCGCCUUGAUGCACUUGAAAGUGGCGGCCUCUCAAGCUUGGGGCCCAGUUUUGAUUUCAGCACCCCCUGCCCCGUGGACAGCUCCUCUCAUGCAGACCUGCUGCUGGAAGUUGGAGCCGAUGGAGGAGAGGCAUUGGCUGAUUGUCCUUCGCUUCCUCAUCAGAACCACGGAGAUGAUGAAGGGGGCUUCCGCUGUGUCCCUUUGCUGUGUUCUCAUCAGGAUCACAAUCUCACGGACACUUCGUCUGUGUUCGAUGGGGCUGAGAGGAGGCUGUCGCAUGAAGAGUGUCGGAAAAUUGAGCUGACAGACUGGGAGUGGUGCCGGAGUAAAUCAGAGAGAACACCCAGACAGAGGUCAUCAGGUGGUUUGUCAAUCCCCCUGUGUGCCUUCCAGGGCACCGUAUCCCUCCAAGCACCUACAGGGAAGACCCUCUCUCUCUCCACCUAUGAGGUCAGCAGUGAUGGACUCAAAAUCUCCCCAAAUAACGCCAAGAAGGUUGAAGUGUAUCGCUCCAAAUCGGUCGGCCAUGAGCCCAGUGCAGAUGACCCGGCAUCAGGAGGCCAUGCAGAAGACGUAAAUGUCAAUAGCCUGGGGAUGGGCAUGGAGAUCGGAAUGGGCAUAGGAGGCGGCGUGGGAGACACAAAUGUCAAGAUCCACCUUGAGGUUCUGGAAAUCUGUGACAACGAGGAGGCCAUGGACAGCGUCUCCAUCAUCUCUAACAUCAGCCAGUCCUCCACCCAUGCCCGCUCGCCAUCUCUACGUUACUCAAGAAGAGAGAACCGCUUUGUCUCUUGUGACCUGGGCGAGACGGCUUCCUACUCUCUGCUCAUCCCCGGCAGCGGCAAUACAGAAUCCGAGACCAUCAAUAUCACUAUACCAGACACCGUAGAGGCGCACCGGCAGAACAGCCGACGGCAGACGCAGGAGGGCUCGGGGUAUCAGGAGGAGAUACAGCUGCUUAAUGAAGCCUACAGAAAGCAAGCUGGAGAGAGAGAAGAGUGAUGUUAAGGUUUAUCUCUAUCAGGAGGGGGCUGCAAGAGUUCCUCUCACAUAGAAGGAUGAAAGACAAAUUUCCUAAUCAUUCCACCUUUUUUUUUUAAAAUUCUGAUCACCACUUUAAUAGAACUGACAGGUGAGCCAAAUAGACACUUAGCUUCAAGCUGUUAUAAUAGCCUUUCACUUUCUUUGGGUAGAAUCAUGAGUGCACAGGUAGCAUCAGAAGAUUAUAAAGAAAGAGAUUUGAGUGUAAAAAUAGGAGGGGAGAAAUAAUGGCAAACAAGAGAGAUGAAGCCAAAGAGGAAUGAGAAACAGUAUUCUAGUGAUCUGUAUUCCCUUCAAGACUUUCACCAUAUGGCAACCUGUCAUCAUAAAGCCGACACUGAAAGAGAGAAAUUCACUUAGGCUUGGAAAAGGAGGGGCCGACGUCUGGUCACAUGUUUCCUCUGGACUACGUCACCAGUGACUCAGCUGUGAGGGGAGGGCUCACCUGACCCCUGUGUUCUGACUCAUUCCCCCGUGUGUGUGUGUGUGUUUUUGUGCAUUUGUGUGUGUGCGCGUAAGGGUGUAAGUAUGACAAUAAUGGUUUUUGAUUGCAGCUACCAAAAAAAAUAUAUAUUUUGAGGAUUGUUUUGCAUAUUUUUCUCUUAACUGUUGUGUGUUUUUUCUUUGGAUUAGCCACUCUGUCAGUCAUAUCUGGCUUGUCGUCAUGUGUUAAUUCUGCUGCACUCGUAAUGAACAUAGACCACCACCACCCAUGCUGAAAAUCUAAAGGGACAGGCAAUGCAUUUAAGAGAGAGUGCACAAGAUAUUAGAAGAAGAUGUAAAAGGGGAUGCUUGUGCAGAUUAGAUUUUCUGCCUCGUGCACCUUUAGUGCAAAUGAAAUGAGUGACAGUUUGCAUAUUUUACUAUAUUAUAGAAUAGGCAGCAUAUGAAUGUACAUUCCAGAGCCACUUGGAGAUAUUGUGUCUCUGCCUGCUCAGCUCACUGCCCAUCCAAUCAGCAAGCAACUGGACCCCUCUCACUUUACAUGAAAUAAAUGCAUUUAGAUGUGGAAUCUCAUUUUCAUACAUAGCACAGUUUAUUUCAGUACUGUUUAUGAAUUAUAACAUGGACUUUGUAUAUUUAUUUGAAGCCAAUGAAUAUAUUUAUCUUUUUCAUAGAUUAUAUCGGUCUAUCCUUUCCUUAUAUGCACAUAUCUCUGAGUGUUUCUAUCCAAUCGCAGUACCAUAGUUAUUUCAAAGCAACUGUAAAAGAUAUAUUUAUUUCAUUUUUCCAUGGUGACGUCUCUUAUGUUUCCUCUUUUAUUGCUCGAUCUUGAACACAACCUUGGUACUUUGUGGACUUCAUUUUUCUGGCAUUUAAUUUAUACUUUAGCGCGCCUACUUCAUCAGUGGCGACAUGCUCCAUCCUCCUGAAAGAAUGUUGUCAUUAAAGAUUCAUAGCAGGAAAUUGCCUCCAACGAGAUUGCAGUGCAUUUCUACUUCACAUGCUCAAAGGGGGAAAAAAAUGUAAAAGAAAAUACCAUUCAUGCCAAUGACUCACACUGAUUGUAAAGCUGUUUUCAAUGUCAACCAUUUCUGCUGUUAAUGGAGUCAAAGGUCUUUAGCUGAGCUUUAUCUCUCCAGACGAACAGGAGUGGAAGUAAUUUGAUCUUCUGCUUAUUUUCACUUAAAAAAAAAAAGAAGAGGCUUCUUGUCUGGCAUUCUCAUAAACCAUUGUGAUCAAUAAACUGCUAUUUGCUCUCUUUGCAGGACA